AUGAUCAACCACCCCAGCAACCGAUGGCGCCUUCCUUCUUUGAGACAGCUACAAGUCCUUUCGCUUAACCAAAAGAAAAAAAAAAAAAAAAAAAGAGGCUGGCUUUUUUUCCCUCCCCUGGGAUUUUCCGGGGGAAAGGUACAGUGCAGGGAACCUUGA